AUGGCGACAAACGCACCCGCCCACUACCCUACCAAUGCCCCCAUCACCCCCGCCAAAGCCCAACCAUCAGACUCAAAGCGCCUCCGCGACUCUCCCUUCAGCGACUACUUCACUGACGACGGCCGCAGCCCCGGCCCCGACGACAACAGCAACCACCUCACCGUCCCCUCGCCCGAAAAGCGGCAACUGCUCGUGCGCCUCAACAGCCUGCAAACCCAGCUCAUCCACGGCGAACACGAAUCCGAACGCCAGACGCUCGACAUUGUGGAGCGCAAAGUGCACGAGAUCGAGAACCAGCUGAACGCGCUGCACUCGCAGACGCGCAUGCCGCCGGAGAUGGAGGAUUCGGGGUUGUUCAUGGAGGACGAUGACGAGGAGGAGGAGCAGGAACGGAAUGGCAGUGGACAUCACCAUCAUCACACCGUGACCCCUGCACAGAAGCAGGCCGAGGCAGACUUUAUCCUCCUCGAAUCUCAACGCGUCCUCGAGUCAGUCACAAAAGCCAAUGAACAGCUGCGUCAACGCCUCGCGGAAACGAAAACCUUGCAUGAAACGCACCUAGUCGAGCUGGAGGCACGUGACCACGAACUCGCUAUCUUGCGUGCGGAGAGAGAAGCUCUACAGUCGGACCUCGAGGCCAACAACUCGGAACUACUCUUCUUGCAGCUGCAGUUCAAGGCGCUGGAGAGGGAAGUCGAAGCUAUGGACGUCGGAGCGGCGAGGCUGGAGACGUACGCGCCCGAGCUGAGAGAGGACAUCCAACGCGUGAAGAGAAUGCGAAUCGCAGAAGAAAUGGGCAAGUGGAGCAAAGAUUGGGAGGGAGUGGGAGCUAGAAUGGCGAAGAGGAGGGAAAACGCGUUUGGCGAAGGAGUCAACAGCUCAGCAGGGGGAGAGGGCGAAGAAUGGCAGCUUGAGACUGUCAAGCAGGAGGACGGGAAGGGCAAAGUGGCCAGCAUCACCGUCCGGCGUGUCGAGGGCAGCCAUCAGCCUCCUACGUUGGAUGACGCGGAGAUCAAGGAGGUCGGAGCUGCCGAGAUCACCCUACCGACCGAAAGCGAAGGGGAAGAAGUCAUUCUCAUCCAAGAAGAUGCAGAAGGCGCAGCAGAGGGAGCAGAAGAAAUCACGCACAUCGAAGCCAUCGACUGCGCAAUCACCACCUCAUCCGACGACGACGACGAAGAGAACGACGAUACGUUUACGAUUACGCGCAAAGGAAAGGCCGAGUCCGUCGCCUCUGGGCGCAAAACAGCGUGGCAGGAAUUAUGGGACGGUCUGGCCGUGUUGGCAGGCAUGGGGGAGGAGAGAUUCUAA